GUCUCCCUCAUCUUGACCUUUCUUUUGCUUCUUUCUUAAUAUAAAAAGCUUUCUUGUUCGAUCCCCUCAUUUAUCUAAUCCCGUUUCGUCUCAGAUUCGCUUUUUUUGUUUUCCUUUUGUCGUGAUUUCGAUUUUUCGGAUAAUGGGUCGUUCUCUUUGAUUCCAAUGAUCCGAGUUUAGUUUUGUCGCCUGAGAUCUCUCUGUAUAUUUGUUGUAUUGGAUUUAUAGAAAGAGGUUGUGUUUGAUUUGAAUUAUUUUAGGGGAUUAUAAGGGGUUUCGAAGAGCAUAAGUUUACAAAAAUGCGGGUGUCCUCUGAGAUACUCCUCCUUUCUUUGGUUCCCGCGUUGACCUUUUAUCAUUCUGGUUUGAGUUCUAAUCGUUUGAAACCUCUUCAGAAGAGUGAUUGGCGUGGUAAUCUUAGUUAAAGUUUCGCCCUUUUUUCCCUAAUUUGUCUCCUUUUUUUUUUGUUUCUUAGAUCUUCGUCGUCCUCGUCUACACCAUUUUCCUAGCUCGGAUUAAGCUAAUCGUGUACAAGAUCUCUUUCUUUCGGAUAAUUUUUAGCCACUGGUUCGAUCUUUCGGUGUUUUCUUUUUGACGUUUCGUGUGCCAAGAUUUGCGACGCAAGAGUUUGAAUUAUUUGUUUGUUGCAGUUGAUUUUUUUGGAUAUGAGCUCUGUUUUUGAUUUCAAAGAUGCAGAGUCUCACCUUGAGAGCAGCUCUGCUUCCAGUUCCAAUAAAUAUUCUAAUGGCUCAAAGCAUGUCUCUUGUCUUGGAGGAUCUGAUGAUGCCCAAGAGUCUGAUGGUGAUGAUAGUAGUGGUUUUAUACACCAAAAUGUGAUUGAUGAAUCUAAAAAAGACAAGGCGAUCAUCACCGAACCCAUUCCUGAGUCUUUACCUCUCGAUUCUUUGGAUGAUGAAACUGAAGACAAGAACCUUGCGACCGCAUUACAAGACAUGUUCUCUGAGAGUAUGACUGAGGUUACUCUGAUUCCUGCCAUUAAAGGUGCUCGAGAAAAGCAUGGCAAGUCACUCCAGAAACUGCAUGUGUCAUGGGCUGAAGAUGUGUAUGAUCCUCCGCCCUCCAUUGUCUCUCACACAAGAAGCAAGAAACAGCAACCCCAGAAAUCAAAGAGCAAAGACAACCUGAAGAAGAACGGAAAGAAAGGACAAAAGGGAAGCAGCAACUCCCGUGGCAGCAAAGACAAGAAGCAGACUUCUUCUCGCAGCAGCAAAUACAAUCGUGAUGAUAAGUUUGAUUGGGCGACACAAGUGUCUAUCAUAGCUGCAUCUUCUUGAAUCUGUGUGACAUGGCCAAGGCACUUGCGUCUUCCUUACUCUCUCCUUCUCCCUCGCCCUCUCUUCUCUUGUUUAUAAAUAAAAAUAUUUUGGUGUGAAAGACUUUUUUUUGAGCUUCAGGAACGUCUUUUGUUAUUCGUACGGAUGUUUUGAUUUUACACGAAUUAUCACUAUUAUUGUGAAGCUUUUUCCUCUCCA